AUGCGUUCAGCCACACUACUUCUCCUCGGCCUGGCCAUAGUAUCGGGCGCACGCAAGCGGCAGUCGCGCGCGGCUGCUGUAAAACGCCGUGAGUGCGAGCGUGGUGAGUGCCGCGGCGUUCACGACGACGAGCGUACAAACUGCGUGCUGCGCUGCCAGAGCCAGCAUUGCUAUGCUGAAGUGUACGGAGCCGAGGAGCUCGAGCCGGGCGAGAUUGACACCAAACGCCAGCAGAAGUUCAACCGGUGUCUCACGACGGAGGAGCGGCAGCAAAGAAGCAAGCGGUCAGUGGAAAGGCAGCAGAGGCGCGCAGGCGGUGAUGCCGGGUCGGCGGCGGCGGACAGUGACGCCGAGAGUGACGCCGUCCCGGACGCAGAAGACGAGGCCAAAGAGCAGAUCAAGGCGCAGCAGGAGCAGAUCAGAGAUCAGCAGUCACGCAUCGUCGCCCUCGAGGCUGCUGUUGCCGAGCUCCGUGCGUUCAGUGAUCGAAGCAGGAGCUCACCCCCUCGCGUGCCAGGCAGUGAGCUGGACCCGUCCGAGCUCUCCGAGCUCGGCACUCGGCUGCUCGCCGAGCGCUACGAGCUACAGCUGCGCGUGUCAGAGGCGGGCGCACCAGCCGGCGCCUCGGCUGCAGCUGCUGCCGGCUCCGCCACCGGCACUGGCGAGGGCGACGCGUCGGAGGGCGCGGAGCACACCAACGCCUACUCGCCGCCGCCGCUCUCGCCGACCUCCCACGCCGGCCUCUCUGCUGGAGGCGUCUCCUCUGCGCCGCCUGCGUCGGCCCGCUACCCAGCCCAGAGGCCGCGCUCGGAGGAGGUGCGGCUGCGCCGCCCGCCGCGCGCGGUCGCCGAGGAUGGUCGCGGCGGCGCCGGCGGCAGCAACGGCACGCUAGCCGACGGCGCCAGAGUCUAG